AUGAGUCGUGCUCAAGAACAACACAGGCCUUUUCUCCCAUUCGGAAACCCUUUCCGCAUGAUAUCGCCAAAGGAGGCCCGCCUCUCUCCCCAACUCCUCUCUUUACUCAACACUUUCGAAGAGACUCUAUCCAGUCGAAUCAAGAAACUCAAGCCCACGAGCAAAGAAGAUGUUCUCCGCCUAUCCUGGAUGAGUUUUGCUGUCGAGUCCCUUUGCGAAAUUCACACAGACGUGAAAACCCUAAUCACCGCCCUCGAACUCCCCAUUUGCGACUGGGAGGACAAAUGGGUCGAUGUCUACUUGGACAACAGCGUGAAAUUGCUCGACAUUUGCAUUGCUUUCACCUCCGAGAUCUCUCGAUUCAAGCAGGGCCAUCUCUAUCUCCAACUCGCGCUCCGUAACCUCAGUGACGAUGCCUGCUCAAAGCAGUUCCCUCGAGCCCUCUCGUCACUUGACGGGUGGAAAAAGCACGUCGGCUCGAAAAACCCGAGGCUCGACAAAUGCUUUGCCAUGAUGGAUGGACUCGCCCAGAAGCUGGACCUGCCGAAAAUAAAAAACUCGGCCAAGGGUAAAAUCUUGAUGCGGGCCAUGUAUGGGGUUAAGGCAGUCACACUUCUGAUUUGCAGCAUAUUCGCUGCAGCCUUCUCGUGUUCGGCAGAGAAGCUGAUGGACUUAAAGAUCAACGAGUCGUUUUUGUGGGCUGAGGCUUUUGCUGAUUUUCAGGUCUUUGUGAAUACCGAAAUUAGGAGCUUGUAUUCGAGCGGGAGAGUCACGGUGCUAAAAGAGCUUGAAGAAAUCGAUAAUGGUGUGAAAAAACUGUAUCCUGUUUUGGGGGAAGAUGUGGGGGCCGUCCAGAAUGAGAAAUUGCAUGAGUUGAGGCCCCAUUUUGGGAAAUCGGUUGAGAAUCUUUCAGUAGGACUUGAUUUACUCGGUAAGGAAGUGGACAGGUUUUUUCAGAUUGUUCUUACGGGUCGUGAUGCUCUGCUUUCUAACCUUAGGGAGGGGUCCGAUGUUUUUGAUGCCGGACGAACUAACGGUAACAAAGUUGAGAUGUCUGUGGAGUCGAGCUCAGGCGAUCAUGGCGGGCAUAAUAUCAGAGGGGUGCCCACUCAUGGCGGAAGAUAUGUUCAGUACAAUGUGUACGGAAAUCUAUUUGAAGUUUCAAGAAAGUACGUGCCGAUUAGGCCCGUGGGGCGUGGGGCUUAUGGCAUUGUUUGUGCGGCUGUAAACUCGGAGACCCGUGAAGAAGUCGCGAUUAAGAAGAUUGGGAAUGCCUUUGACAACAGAAUUGAUGCAAAGAGAACAUUGAGGGAAAUUAAACUUCUGCGCCACAUGGAUCAUGAUAACGUGAUUGCAAUUAAAGACAUCAUUCGGCCUCCUCUUAAAGAAAACUUCAAUGAUGUCUACAUUGUGUAUGAACUUAUGGACACUGAUCUUCAUCAGAUUAUUCAGUCCACACAACCAUUGACUGAUGACCAUUGUCGGUACUUUCUUUACCAAAUCCUUCGAGGGCUCAAAUACGUUCAUUCGGCCAAUGUUUUGCACCGUGACCUCAAACCGAGCAACUUGCUGCUCAAUGCUAAUUGUGAUUUGAAAAUCGGGGAUUUUGGGCUUGCAAGGACAACAUCGGAGACUGAUUUUAUGACUGAAUAUGUUGUUACUCGCUGGUAUCGAGCACCUGAAUUGCUCCUAAAUUGUUCUGAAUACACUGCUGCUAUCGAUAUAUGGUCCGUGGGUUGCAUACUUGGUGAAAUUAUGACAAGGAAACCUCUUUUUCCUGGGAGAGAUUAUGUUCAUCAGUUGAGACUUAUAACUGAGCUCAUAGGCUCUCCAGAUGAUGCGAGUCUUGGGUUUCUUAGGAGUGAUAAUGCCCGAAGAUACGUUAGGCAGUUGCCUCAGUACCCGAGACAACAAUUUUCUGCUCGGUUUUCCAACACUUCUGCCGGAGCUCUUGAUUUACUCGAGAAAAUGCUCGUUUUUGACCCAAGCAAGCGAAUUUCUGUUGAUGUGGCCCUCUGCCAUCCCUACUUGGCACCUUUUCACAACAUAAACGACGAGCCCGUUUGCCCUAGGCCUUUUGUUUUCGAUUUUGAGCAGCCAUCAUUUACCGAGGAGAACAUAAAGGAACUCAUUUGGAGAGAGUCCGUUAAAUUCAACCCGGACCCUUCUCAUUAAGGCUUAUAUUUUAUCUUAAUGUGAUGUAUUUUAACGUCUGUUUUUAAGAGAAUCUGUAAUGUGCAUAUGUAAUAGUAAGAGUCCCCAAAUGGAAUUGAGGAAUAAUCUGUAGUGUGGAGACAUGAAAUUUGUGGGAUUUGAAAAGGGAUUGUUCUUAGGCUGUUUUGUUGUUUUAUAAUAGCUGCGUGGUUUUGUGGAUUCUUGUUUUGGCUCUUGUUAUCUUCUGCAGUUGAACAAAAUAAUAAUAUUGUACAAUUAGAAACUGAAAGUACUUCUCUUGCUCUGAAGGAAGAUUAUUAUUAUGCAUUGUUCGAUUUAAGGGUGUUGUUACCUUACUUUUAUUGAAAGCUUAAAAAAAAAAAUUACAGGAUGUGGAGAAAAAUUCUGAAAAAAAUGAGCGAAAAAAAUAUGAGCAAGAAACGAGGAGGUUCGUGUCGUG